AUGUCUACUACUGCUUCUGCAACUGCUGUCUGUCAAGUAUUUGACCGCCUUUUCUUGAAUACUUUAAUUACAAAGGAUGAAUAUAGUGCCUUACUUGCUUAUAUUGUCAAAAAUCCUAAUAAAAUACCCAAUUUGGAUGAAGUCCUCAAAUUUUGCGAUGAUGACAUUAAAGUUAUAUGCCUGAAAAAUAUAUUAGAAAAACAAUCUGCUGCUUGUGAAAAACAAGAAUUAAAAAAACAUAUUUAUGAAAUUGCUGAUAAAAUUAAUUCCAAAAUUGAUUCCAAAAUGAACAAGGUGAAUGGCGAAAUUAAUUCCAAAAUGAACGAGGUGAAUGAUAAAAUGAACGUGGUAAAUGAUAAAAUGAACAUGGUGAAUGAUGAAAUUAAUAAAAUGAAUGAGGCGAAUGAUGAAAUUAAUUCCAAAAUUGAUUCCAAAUUGGAUGAGAUGAAUGGUGAAAUACAUAUGCUGCUGAAGAGGGUACGUUUUGCUGCAGAUGCAUGGUACAGUUCUAUAGGUACUUUUACAAAUACUGAAAAGGGUAAAUUUGUGCAAGAAAGUGGUGCCGAAAUUCAAUUUCCAUUUAAUUUAACUGAAAGUUUCAAAGCAAAAUCACCUGGAAAGUUUUUAUAUCUACCUAACAUGGACAAGAAUGCAAAUUCAAAAGAAGAAAUGCAAAAAUAUUUUAUAGAUGAAUGUAGAGUUUUAGAAAAUGAUGAAAACAUACAAAACAAACUUACUGUCGGAGACACUCAUUUUUCACCAUUGGUGGAAACUCAAAAACCAGAUUUUGUAUUCAUUCCAAACGAUUCUCCUUUGGAUCCAUUAAAUGUUGUAGCUAUUGGUGAGAUCAAGAAGCGAGUUGGUGAAAGCUUUAGUAAUGCAGAUCUAGGACAUGCAAUUUCAUUCGGUGAAAAAGUACUUCAAUUUCAGCCACGACGAAACUAUGUUGAAUAUUUAAAUUACAACACACCAGUUAGAGGUUCUUCCAAAGGGUGGAGAUAUCUUGUAACAAUAAUGGAAAGCUUUCCAGAGAAAUUAGGAUGGGUUGAACCAUCAUUGAAAUUUGGCGAAGAUAUGGUGAAAUUGGUUCAAUAUAUUGGUGUAGGCAGAACAAAAAGAGCCGUAUUGGAAGAACUUUCGAAGUUGAAUUCACCUCAUAUCCCAAAAAUUCUUUUUUAUGAUGAGAAUACUCUUAUCAUUACUCCUCUUGGCGAGAAAGUUAAUAAUUUACAAAAAACAGAUAUUAAAGAUAUUAUCACUACCCUUGAACGUGUGCAUUCAU